AUGUCAGCAGCGGAUAAACCGCGAACAUAUAAUCCAGUGGGCGAUGUAUUGUUCACUCAUGAAGAGAUACACAAGACAAUAAAGAACCUCUUGGUUGAGUAUACCGACUCUACAAUCUUAGCUGAACAACUACAGAACUCUGAUGAUGCAGGUGCGACAGAGGUAUCAUUCGUACUUGAUACUGGUACUUAUAAGAAUGAUAAGUUGUUUAAAGACUUGAAGGCAAGGAGAGACCCUACACCUUUGCAAGGUCCAUCGUUGUCGAUUGUAAACAACUCGUUGUUCAAGGAGAAGGAUUGGAAGGGCAUUUCAAAGAUCGGUACAGGCUCCAAACAGAAGGAUGUCAACUCUGUCGGCAAGUUUGGCGUGGGCUUCAACUCUGUCUAUCACAUCACCGACUGCCCCGCCAUCGUCUCGGGCGAUCGCGUCUACUUCCCCGACGUGCUCGGUCAGUUCUUCCCCAUGUCCGAGGCCGGCACCAACGGCUACUUCAUCGACUACGAGUCGCUCACACGGUGCGACGAUCAGUUCGCGCCAUUCCAGGCGCUCGGCUGUCAGAAGGGCGCCAAGUCACACAACGGCACAAUCAUUCGUCUGGCGCUCAGAGGCUCGUCAGGCAAGAUCAAAGAGGAGGCGACCACAGUGGCUGGCAUCAAGACGUUGUUUGAGCGAUUCGUCAAGCAGGCGCCACACUCACUGCUCUUCCUACACAACCUGCGACGCUUGUCGCUCAAGAUCGACGGCAAGGAGAUAUUCAACACAGUGAUCGAUGACUCAUCAGUAAUGGAGCGUGCGCCAAAGAUCAAGAUGCUAAAGGACUACUUGCGAACGAUCGAGGAGCAGAUACCUGCCUCUGUCGACAAGCGCAAGCUUCGAUUGGAUAUGUUCAGAGAACUGUUGGCGAACCAGACAAGCUAUCCAGUACUGCACUACAGGCUGGGCGUGACAUCGACUGACACGAGGACCGGCUCAUCAACGUCGAAUGAAUGGUUGAUCACACAGGGCUAUCGCGCAUCCAAAGACAUCAACAACAUCAUACAGCACAGGUCGAUGCGCGACAAGAAGCUGAUACCCACAGGUGGUAUCGCCGCGCCUUUGGUACAAGACGACGCCAACUUCAUGGGCCGACCCUUCUGCUACCUGCCCAUCGGCACCAUGUCGACCAACCUGCCCGUGCAUCUCCACGGCUACUUCUACACGACGAGUUCGCGUACCGAGAUCAACCUGUCGGACCUCGACCCGACCGACUCGUCCUACCAGCUCGUGCAGUGGAACACAGUCAUUCUCAAUCAGAUCAUACCCCACCUCUACCACCUGAACCUGGUAGAGCUCAAGAGCCUGCAACCAGAGCGCUCGCUCUACUCCUACUUCCCGGCCAAACACAGCAAGGUGGUCAAGAUCGAGGACAAGGUCAAGCCAGCAACACUGGCCAUGAUCCUCGAGUCGCCGUUGUUUGACAAUGAGUUCAAUCAAGGACAUCACGACCGUCUGUCCGCCUUCCAUCUGCUCAACGGUCUGCCUCAGUGCGUGGUCCAGGUUCUGCGCGACAGGAACAUUCCAUGUGCGCUGCUGCCCGAUGAGCUGUUGCACACUCUCGAGAAGUAUCAAGAGUUUAGCAAUCAUCUCAAGUAUGUGACCAGGGAGAAGCUGUGCAAACUGUUGACCAUGUUGCCAAUCAAGAAGUAUAACAAGGAGCUGAUGCUCUAUAUGUUGGACGAGCAGAUCAUCAACAAGGGCCUGUUGAAUGACGUGCCCCUGUUCCAGAACGUCAAUGGCGAUGUGGUCGCUCUGAACAAAGAGAGCGUGCUACACACGACGAGCAACGAGCGCGUCAUCAAAGUCUUGUCGCCUGUGCUCGCCCACGCGAUCCUCUCCAAACUAUGUCUGCAGGACUUGGGCUUAACACUGCCCCAAUCACUCAGCGAACACUACAAGCUCGAGUCCAUCACCUACAUCACAUUCCUCAAUCUGCUCAGUACAUCAUUCUUCGACGGGCUCGCGGUGACUGAGUCGGACCCCCUGCCAAACCUGGACCUCGACACUCUCUGGCAGUACUUUGGCGAGGACCUCCAGUUUAGGUUGCACUUUGACAAGCUGUACGACCUGCCCAUCUUCCCCGCCAGCAACAUGGGCAAGUGGUACGCGCUCAAUCAUCCCGGGCUGCUCAACACAAUCACAGAGUCGCACGUCAACACUGUGCGCCCUCUGUUGACCGAGCUCAACUUCCCAAUACUCGACAAGAAUGCGCUGCUGGACGAACCUCUCAAGAAUCACAACACAGUGGCUGUGUUGCUGACCGAGCUCAAGGCGACAAAGUUCAGCGCAUCGAACUACCCCAACAAGGAGAGCCUGCUGAAGAACUUCUUGGUUAGCUCCACCUUCUUCGGCAACUCUCUUUCUACACAGUACCGCCAGCUGUUUGCCGCGCUGCCACUGUUUGAAGUGUAUCCAAACAAAACGCAGAAAACAUACGCUACGCUUGCGGGCAACCCAUGCUCGCUGUCCACCGAGCUGGGCGAGUACACUCAACACCUUGCCACACUCUACAUCAAGAUCAACUCGACAGAUCUCGAGUUCCUGCCACAAGACACUGCGCCAAUGUUGUUCGCCACGUUCAAUCAGGCGCAUGUACUGCCCAACAUCACAGACUUUGCCACGCCACUUCAACUCAAGGCCAUAAAGCUGAUGCUACUCAACCUCAAGGACUACAACAUCACAAAGUUAAAGACGAUCAAGUUCGUCCCGACUCAAUGUGUCACUCAGCCAUUCAAUGCGCCCUCCAACAUGUUUGUGCACAGCGCACAUACAUCUAUAUUGAUGCAGGCCAACCUUGGCCACCUCCUCAUCAGCGAGGAGCUCUCACACAUCGACUACUCAUACCCAUGGUACCUGCUCUCAGCCAUGACCAACCUGGACGUCCAGAGACUUCAGGACAUCACAAUUCAGAUCGCAACCACUCAGAACGAUCAGCUCUUUGACCAGUUCAUCGCUUUGCUUGCCACGUCCGGCGCGCACGACUACCCCGACUCGGUCUUUAGUCGUCACCUUCAGAAUGUGACUUGGGUCAGAGUGGCACAGCUGGACAACCAAGAUGAGUAUGUUGGACUCAGUCCAUUCAAAAGUGAUGCAACCUACGUCAUGCCAAGCAUGUGCCAUCGUCCGUUAGACUCCUACCUCUGCUUCACCAGAGCACACAUCGCAGACAUUGGCAAUGUGGACAUGCCCGACAACAUGCAGAGACUGUUGUUUGCCAAGCCAUCUCUCCAAAUGAUCUUGGACAACCUGCGCAACAUUGCCAAGCAGGUGACAGCACUCGCCGCACCCGUAGACCCCUCAAUCAUAAUGAAGAUAGUCGAUAUAAUAUACACAGAGAUACGUCAACACAUUGCCACGACGCCCAAGCUCAAGUCUUGGCUCGCACAGUUCAAGUGGGUCUGGACAGGACAGCAAUUCAUCAGCGCAGACUCUGUCGCCUUCAAGAGCGAUCGCGACUUUACACCCUACCUCUUUGAGAUACCCACCUUCUUGGCGUCGCAUCACCGUCCUCUGUUCAAGCUGUUUGACAUCCCCGACACCUAUGACACCAAGCGCUACUUGCUCGUCGUCUCCAAGAUGGAGCGUGAGCAUCAUCUCCAGCCAUUGCCAGAGGACAAGCUGAAGGUGGUGCUGGAGAUUCUACGUUUCGUUGGAGAGAAGGAGAACAAGACCGUGGACGUGGAGAUACCAGGCACGGACAACAUACUCUAUCCAAAGAAUGAGGUGUUGAUCUGUCGUGGAAGUGACAACCUCACCGUGGGACUCAUGAGGAAUGGAUUCCACAAGAUCAGCGAUGACAUCUCAUUCAACGUUGGCAAGAACCUAGGUGUGAUUACCGACCGCGAGCUACUCCACCAAGGCCUAACCGACAGUGGCUUUGGACAAGAGGUGGGCCUCGACUCUACGAUCAAAAAUUUGUUGAAGGAUGGUUACAAUCCAAGUUCAUUAAUGGGCGAGAUGAUACAGAAUGCAGACGACUCGGAAGCGACUGUGAUGGACAUUGUGUUGGACUUGAAUGAUCAUACUGGAAAGAUUCCAGAGCAGUUCAAACAACACUAUCCAAAGAAGUUCUUUGAUAUAUUGGGCCCAUCAAUCACAUUCAUCAACAACAAGUCAAUGACAGAGAAGGACAUCAAGAACAUCCAGAGCGUGGGCCAGUCCAAGAAGACCAAGGACAACUCAUCGAUUGGCCGCUUUGGCUACGGCUUCAACUCGGUGUUCAACAUCACGGACAUCCCCUCGCUGGUCACCAACGACUCUAUCUACUUCUUUGACGUGCACCAGAACCACUUUGAGAACUACAUGGACAGCAAGCGCGGCAAGAAGUUCUCGUUCAUCAACCGUGCCUUUAUCGACGAGAUGAUCCUUGAGCCCCUACUCCCCUACCAGAAGUUUGGCCUGGACCUCGUGCGUCCAUUCAACGGCACGCUCUUCCGUCUGCCAAUGAGACGCGAGGUUGACGAGCAAUACUCGUUCGCAGAGUGGACCAUCGACGACCGUGAGAAACUGUUCAAAGAGUUCAUCAACAGCGUCGAGAACUGCAUGUUGUUCCUUCCCUACAUCAAGCGCAUCAACUUCCAUCGAAUGGCCGACGGCGAGUGCAAGUUGGUACACUCAAUCACGCGCAUGGACAAGGAUGACCCGUCAGUGCUCAAGGGCUGUCUGCACAGGAUCGAACAGAGCCGCAACAAUGCUCCAGAGCCCACAGACAUCAUUCAGAUGAGGGAGUACAUGAUCGAGAGUCCUGAGACGGGCAACCUCGACACUCAUCGCUGGCUGGUGGGCCGUCGUGUUGGAGGUGAUAUGGCCACCGAACUGUUCAAGCAAUCGCUCAACACGAUUGGACAUGUUGCCGGCGCCAAGAAGCGUCUGCCACUCGGAGGUGUCGCGCUGCCUCUUGACACUGACAAGACGUUCAAGGGCAAAGCAUUCUCCACGCUACCCAUGUCUAUCGACACUGGACUGCCCGUGCACAUAGAUGGCUACUUCGAGACUAACUCAGCGCGAUCCUCGAUCGAGGACAAUGGAACGUUUGGCAACGAGUCGUUCCUAAAGCUACCACCUCAUGUCAGACCAGAGAACAUGCCCACGCUGUGGAACAUUGUGCUGUAUGAGGACAUCAUCGCGCCCAUGUACGUCAAUCUGAUGAUGGAAGCCAGACGCCACUUCACAGGCUCUCUCAAUGAUGUCAAGCGAUUCUACUCUCUGUUCCCCAACGCAGGUUCCGCCGACAAGUCCGUGAUGCGUAUCAUCAACAAAUUCAAGUCGGAGGCGAGCAACAAACAACUGUACGUCAAAGUUGGAGUUGGUAGCACGUCGUGGUCUGUCUGCGGACGCAAGUCGAUCGUGAUCACUGAGCGCGAGGAGAACGACCCCAGACAGCUGGAGAUCGCCAACAUCCUCUCGCUGUACAAGGCCGAGGUGCUGCACAUCCCCAGCCAUCUCACAUACUUUGUCAAUGGCCAGCAGCUUGGUCCCGCAUGCGUGCGCGACUUCUUCACAGUCACUCCAAUCAAAGACCCUCCCUCGGCCAUCCAUGUCUUCAACUACCUCAUUCCCCUGCUCAUGAUUGACCCCGCGCAAUUGGUCGGCCUGAACAUCCUGUUGCUGGAGAAUGGAACACUGGCUAAGAUAGAGUUCCGUAAUGCUCCCCAUGGUAACGGCCAAGAUCUCAAGAUCCUGUACAAUCGAGAAUUCGUCGAGAUGUACCCUGACGGCAACAUGUUUGUGUGUGAGCAGCAGUCACGCGAGCUAAUGCGUGUGGUCGGAAUGCUUGGCGAUCGACUCAACGUUUGCAACAUGAGCAAGGGUGAGUGGAUCGUCAAGCAUGUGAUCAACACACUCGACACCAAGACCUUUGAAGAAGUGCUCGCGAUCCUUGACCAGUUCAUCGAUGUCUAUCACACUCUGCCCAUGGCCGAGAAGAUCAAUUUAACCAAGCGCCGCCUUAUCCCCAUCCUCACGCCACACGGCCCCAAACCAUUUGUCCUCAAGAUGGCUGCCGAGUUGUUUGACCCCAACUGCGAGGAGCUGGAGCCAUUCCGUGCUGGAUUGGCCUUCCCGCCCCACGAACUCAGCCAUGACAAGUGGAACGACUUUUGGUCGCGUAUGAAGCUCAAGCGAACAUUGGACGCGAACGACUUGUUGGAUCAGUGCGCAUUGGUAUCACGCGAAUUCCUCUCGAUCAACGCCAACAACAGCAACGAAGACAACAAGGGCAAGUUGGUCAAGCGCGCAAAGUACCUGUUGAUGCAACUCGAGGUACGCAACCUUCUGGACAACCCAAAGUACUCCAACAUGUACAUCGUGCCAUGCAAGGAGUGCAAGAUAGACGGCGCGCUCCCCAUGCCACUGCUGUCUACACUCAAGGGCAGUGUGAAUGACAAAUAUGCCGAGUUGUGCUUCACAGUCAAACAUAUCCGCGCUACACCACUCAGCGACAAGCCACCCGAGUCAACAGACAUUGCCAGACACUUCUUCAACUGUCUUACCCUGGCCGAGACAACCUGGAAGGUGGGACUAAAUGCCAUCCACAAGGAAGAAACGAUCAAGUACAUUCGCAAUGCAGCCGAAGCCAUGAACAGAGGCCCCAAGUGGGAUAUUCCCAUCCCCGCGGGCCUCAAACUGCCCUUGCCAAAAUCAUCCCUGUUCAUUCCGAUCACAAAUGCAACCAUCUCGGCCUCGGAUGACUUUCCGCCCUACUUCUUCUCAUUCAACUCCCACUAUAACUUGGAGACAUUGAAGCGCAUCGGCGCCAUCUCCAAGAUAAAGGUCACAGAUGUGGACCACUUGCUCUCCAGGAUAGCUGGUGACACGCAGUUGUCAGAGAUUCUGGUCAAGUCCAUCGUCAAGCUCAUCGUAAAAUUCUACGUGACGUUCGACAGAAUGCCAUUCCUAGUGACCAACAGGAGCAAGCUUCUACCCAGGGAUGAUGUGUUCAAGUUCGAACCUGCCGACUCUGAAAUGAGCAAGAUUGUCAGGAGACUCGAUAUGGACAAGUUGCCACUCAUUCAUCGCGAUCUGCAGACCAUCUCGUACAUUGCUGACAACUUGCAUGAUGUGAGCGAGGUGGUGACAGAGCGUUUGGACACUGUCAACUCAAAGAUCCUGCCGCCCACCAACCAAAUCUCGGCGCUCAACGAUCGUCUGCGCAACCCCCUGGCCAUCAAGUGUUGCCGCUCCAUUCUCGAGACAUCGCGCAGCCGCUUCAACAAGAAGGACAUUGAACAGCUGGUCACUGCACUGUCAACAAUCCGUGUCCAACUGGCCAUCGUCCACUCCAAGUUCAUGUGUGGCCGCACCGAUGUCACGCUUCACCCCCUUGGCUCCAAGUACAUCUAUGAUCGCGCUAACAACAUACUCACGAUCAGCAAGGACAUCGACCCCAGCACCUACCUUAUCAUCUUCACGCAGAUCACUAAGACAUAUUUCAACAUUGAGGAGUACUCCAUCAAUCUGUUGUUCAACAUCAAUGUCAACCUGAAGAACGUCAUCUCCAUCAUGAUGGAGUCAUUCAAUCUACAGAUGGACGAGGUCAGCCUCACGAAAGAGGAAGCCAACCCACACGCAGGUGUCCACGGCAUCCACUACACCAACGACGGCCAGAACUACGUCCUCGACCCGCUCAACUCAUUUACCCCAGGCGAGACCGCGUUACUCGUCUUGGGACCUGAAUCCAAGUACACACCAGUGGUCGUUGGCCCACUCGACUAUGAGCUGUCCUACUUUGAAGAGUUCAAGGUGUACCGCAUUGGCCAACACUUGGUGCCCUCGUUCAAUUUGUACAAGGUCACACCAACAUACAUUGACUAUGCCGAUCGCAUGGAUCAGGUUUGUCGCUUCCUGCGAGAGAUCAUAUACGCAGGCGUCCCAAGACACACGAUGGACACCAUCAUGUUGCGACUUCAAAGCCAUUGCUCAGACAGCCAUCAGGGCAACGCCAUCAAGUCGAUGGCGGCCGAGAUCAUCGCCAGCAAGAAGGUGGACAUCCGUCAUCACGUCAACCCCAUAGAUCUAAUCAGCUUUGGUCAGUUGAGCAUACAGGACGUCGCACCAGUCAAGGAGGAGAGUGGCGACAAAGACGAAGAAGAGGACAAAGUGGAGGAGUUGAGCAACGUGGAGAAGGCAUUUGUCUACUUAGUGUUGGCGACAACGGAGUUGGAGGAGAUGGAUCAGUUGUAUAUAUCAUCGAUUGGACUCAUGUCGCAUCAGGUCGUGAUCAAGUGUCUCAAGGCCAUCCUUUACAGUAGGACCCCGGCAGGUGCCCAGCCAACAUUCAAAGAGGACUCCAACUCGAUCUACAGUCUAUUGACAUCGAUUGAUGAUUCUCUGUGCAUCCCGAGCGAAUGA